GGCCCGGUUGAGUCGCGCGCGAAACGGAACGCAGUGGGAGGGGGCGAGCUCGUUCACCAAACCGGAAGGAAGAAAGUGAGCGUGUGUGUGUGUGUGAGAGAGAGAGAAAAGAAAAAGCGCCGAAAAUCAAGCCAAAGCCCCUCCAGGAACAAUCCCGAGCCAUCCGCACGAACCAUGGCCGAUCCCAAGGAAGCGCAAGAGGAGCACGAGACGUCCACGGACAACACGGAGGACUCGAACCAUGACCCGCACUUUGAGCCCAUCGUGUCAUUGCCCGAGCGCGAGGUCAAAACUCUGGAGGAGGACGAGGAGGAGCUGUUCAAAAUGAGGGCGAAGCUGUACCGCUUUGCGAGUGAGAACGACCCGCCGGAGUGGAAGGAGCGCGGUACGGGGGACGUCAAGCUGCUGCGCCACAAAGAGAAGGGCACCAUCCGCCUGCUGAUGAGAAGAGACCGCACGCUCAAGAUCUGUGCCAACCACCACAUCAUGCCACUGAUGGAGCUGAAGCCGAACGCAGGCAGUGACAGGGCCUGGGUCUGGAACACACACGCUGACUUCGCAGAUGAAGAACCAAAGCCAGAGAUGCUGGCCAUCCGAUUCCUUAACGCAGAGAACGCACAGAAGUUCAAGGUGAAGUUCGACGAAUGCAAAGAGGAAGUCCGAAAAUCACUUGAAGAAGGGACAAAUAAAGACAUCGUGGCAGAGAAACUGGAGGAGCUGUCAAUCAAGGACAAGAAGACGAAGGAUGAGAAGAAGGAGGAAGAGAAGGAGAAAAAGGAGGAGAAGAAGGAGGGCGAGGAGAAAUGAGCGCAUUUUUGUUUUUUUUCCUUCUUCCUCUCCAUCCCCUCCUUCCUCGCUGCACUUCUUAUCUUUUCUAAAACAGACUCUGAACACGACGUUCGGACACUUAGUCUCUUUAUUUUGGGUUUUUUGUUUGUUUUUUUAUUUGUCCAUCAGAGACCUGGGUGUCAUUCUUAAACCAUUCCUCACACACACACUUAAAACACACACACACCUACAUACACACUCUCGCACUCGUCUGCUUGUGUACGGACCACCUGAUCGCUCUGACAGGGGGGGCGGGGCUCGGCUCUGUUCCCAUCGCGGCUCGUGUUUUUGUUUGUUCAUUUGUUUUCUGUACUCGAGGCAGAGCGAGCAGGAAGCGAGUUUGUUCGACGGAACGCCAGGGGUUCUGAGGGAGAACCCGGAAGGCGGGGCUUCCUGCCCGAGUGGAGGAUCUGGAGUGAUGAGUGAAGCACCCCGAGACCUGGCGCUGCUCUGUCUGAUUAUAAACAAAUGGAGGAAAUAAAGAAAGUUCACUCGA